GGCGGCGGUAGCGGGCUCGGCGGCGGCCCAGCUAUGGACUUGGAGGAGGCGAGAGAGUUCAAAGAGCGAUGUACUCAGUGUGCUGCUGUCUCGUGGGGGCUUACCGAUGAAGGCAAAUAUUAUUGUACUUCUUGCCACAAUGUUACAGAAAGAACUAGAGAAGUUAUAAACACGGGGGCUAUUCCUAAUACCAAGAUACAGGCCAUCAAUCGGGGACUUAAAAGAAAAAGAAAACUUGAGAAAGGCUGGGAUUGGUAUGUGUGUGAAGGUUUUCAGUACAUACUCUGUCAGCAAGCGGAAGCCUUGAAGGCCCUUGGAGUGGGCCCAGAGUUAAAGAAUGAAGUCUUACAUAAAUUUUGGAAGCGCUACCUUCAGAAGAGCAAGCAGGCAUAUUGUAAAAACCCAAUUUAUACCAGUAGAAGGAAAGCUACGGUGUUAGAAGAUCAUCUAAGCCAUUCAGACUGGGAAAGUGAGCCUGAGCUACUAAGUGAUGUUAACCUUCCCUUUGUUGAAAGUGGAGCAGAAUCUCAAUCUGACAUCAACAUGCAGAAACCUUUCCCCAUCAUCAGAGCCUCCCAGUCAGAAAGAGCGUCGGUGUGUUCUGGAUCCCUUGAUGGGGUUGAGUACUCAAGACGAAAGGAGAAGGGAACGGGCAAGAUGACUGUGCCAAAGACACUUGCCUUCUGCUACCUGUCGCUGCUGUGGCAGAGAGAGACCCUCGCUCUUUCCGAUCUUUUGCGAUUUGUUGAAGAGGGCCACAUUCCUUACAUAAACACCUUUCAGCAUUUUCCAGAAGAGAUGAAGUUAUAUGGGCGUGAUAAAGGAAUCUUUGCUACAGAGUCCUGGCCGAGUUAUGAGGAUAUCUAUGAAAAAAUUAUUGAAGUCGCCACAUUUUUGGAUUUGCCUCGUUUUCCAGACAUAACUGAGGACUGCUAUCUGCAUCCAAACAUCUUGUGUAUGAAGUACAUAAUGGAAGUCAACCUCCCUGAUGAAAUACACACUUUAACCUGCCAAGUGGUAAAAAUAACUGGAAUGGGAGAAAGGGAUUUUCUGACAUUUGAUCCUAUAGCUAAAGUGGCAAAAACGGUGAAAUAUGACAUGCAAGCGGUAGCUAUCAUUGUAGUAGUGCUGAAACUUCUCUUCUUGCUGGACGACCAUUUAGAAUGGUCUUUAUCUAAUCUUGCCGAGAAACAUAAUGAAAAUAACAAAGAAGAUAAGCCUUGGUUUGAUUUUAGAAAAUGGUACCAAGUUAUGAAGAAAGCUGUUGAUGAGAAAAAGCGAAAAUGGGAAGAAGCCAGGGCCAAGUACCUGUGGAAAAGCGAGAAGCCGCUCUACUACUCGUCCAUCGACAGAUCGGUGGUGUACAAAAGAAGAGAAAUGGUAGUGAGUCUACAAAAGCAGUUUAGCAUGCUGGUUGAUUCAACGCCAACUGUUGAAAAUAAAAGCCCUUCAAGUUUUCAGUUCAAAUGGACCGAAGAAGACCCUGACAGCACUUGUUUCCAUGGACACAGCCUGCAGGGAGUCCUGAAGAAGAAAGGACAGUCCCUGACAACCAAGAAUUCACUCUACUGGCUCAGUACACAGAAAUUCUGUCGCAGCUAUUGUAAACAUGUGACAACCUAUGAAGAAUCGAAUUAUUCUCUGAGUUACCAGUUUAUACUAAAUCUUUUCUCCUUCCUGCUAAGAAUAAAGGCAUCUUUUCUCCAUGAAGAAGUGAGCUUAAUUGAAAAGAGACUUUUUAAAUCAAGAUAUAGUAAAACAAAAAAGAAAUCUUCAAGAUCCAAGAAAGUGAUAAGAUAAUAAGAAAAAUGAAGUAGGAAUUUGAGAUAAUGUCUUAAUGCUACGAGAAUGUAAAAUUGGAACUUAACAUUCUAGAAAAUUAUGGAAACUAGAAUUUUCUCACACAUACAUGGUACCAUGUAUCUGCGUGUGUGUAUCUGUGUGUACCAUAUGGUACCAUGCACCUGUGUGUGUAUAUGUAUAUAUGAGAGACAUAUGUAUUAAAUAUGCUUAUAAAGGUACAUAGUGAAAAGGUUAAACUUUCGGGUUUUUUAAAAUUUUUGAUGUUUGAAUAAAAGCUUCACGUUUUAUAAAUG